UCUUCCCCGCGGGUCAGGGGUGAGAAGCAACACGGCUGCGCUGGCCUUGGAAAACAGCUAUCAUCUUAUGCCAAGAUGUCAGGAAUUGGAAAUAAAAGAGCAGCGGGAGAGCCGGGCACGUCCAUGCCUCCGGAGAAGAAGACAGCUGUUGAAGAUUCAGGGACCACAGUGGAAACAAUUAAGCUAGGGGGUGUCUCUUCAAUGGAGGAGUUAGACAUUCGAACACUGCAAACCAAAAAUCGCAAACUGGCAGAAAUGCUAGAUCAACGGCAGGCCAUUGAAGAUGAACUCCGUGAGCACAUUGAAAAACUGGAAAGACGACAGGCCACUGAUGAUGCCUCACUAUUGAUUGUCAACCGGUACUGGAGUCAGUUCGAUGAAAACAUCCGUAUCAUCCUUAAACGUUAUGAUCUGGAGCAGGGUUUGGGAGACCUGCUAACUGAAAGAAAAGCCCUGGUUGUGCCUGAACCAGAGCCAGACUCUGAUAGCAAUCAGGAACGUAAAGAUGACCGAGAGAGAGGGGAAGGGCAAGAGCCAGCUUUCUCUUUCCUUGCUACUUUGGCCAGCAGUUCCAGUGAAGAGAUGGAAUCUCAGCUGCAGGAGCGUGUGGAGUCCUCCCGCCGAGCCGUAUCCCAGAUUGUGACUGUCUAUGAUAAAUUGCAAGAAAAAGUGGAGCUCUUAUCCCGGAAGUUAAAUAGUGGAGAUAAUCUGAUAGUGGAGGAAGCAGUGCAGGAGCUGAAUUCCUUCCUUGCUCAAGAGAAUAUGCGGCUACAGGAAUUGACAGACCUCCUUCAGGAGAAGCAUCGCACCAUGUCUCAGGAGUUCUCCAAGUUGCAGAGUAAAGUGGAGACAGCUGAGUCACGAGUAUCUGUCCUGGAGUCCAUGAUUGAUGACCUGCAGUGGGAUAUUGACAAAAUUCGAAAGAGGGAACAGCGACUUAACCGACACUUAGCAGAAGUCCUAGAACGGGUGAAUUCAAAAGGUUAUAAGGUAUAUGGCGCAGGGAGCAGUCUCUAUGGCGGCACAAUCACUAUCAAUGCCCGGAAGUUUGAGGAAAUGAAUGCGGAGCUUGAGGAGAACAAAGAAUUGGCCCAGAAUCGUCUCUGUGAGCUGGAGAAACUUCGGCAGGACUUUGAGGAAGUCAGUACACAAAAUGAAAAGCUGAAGGUGGAAUUGCGGAGUGCAGUGGAGGAAGUGGUUAAGGAAACUCCAGAAUAUCGCUGCAUGCAAUCACAGUUCUCUGUCCUAUACAAUGAGAGCCUACAAUUGAAAGCACACUUGGACGAGGCUCGGACUCUGCUUCAUGGCACCAGGGGAACCCAUCAGCGCCAGGUUGAGCUCAUUGAGCGAGAUGAGGUUAGUCUUCAUAAGAAGCUGAGGACUGAAGUGAUCCAGCUAGAAGAUACGCUGGCCCAGGUCCGCAAGGAGUAUGAGAUGCUGAGGAUAGAAUUUGAGCAGACCCUUGCUGCCAAUGAACAAGCAGGCCCUAUAAACCGGGAGAUGCGCCACCUCAUCAGUAGCCUCCAGAAUCACAACCACCAGCUGAAAGGGGAGGUCCUCAGGUAUAAGCGGAAACUGAGAGAAGCCCAGUCUGACCUGAACAAGACACGUCUGCGUAGUGGCAGUGCCCUCCUGCAGUCUCAGUCUAGUACUGAGGACGCUAAGGACGAGCCUGCAGAACUAAAACAAGAUUCUGAGGACUUAUCCACCCAGUCCUCAGCAUCGAAGGCAUCUCAGGAGGAUGCCAAUGAAAUUAAGUCCAAACGAGAUGAAGAAGAACGAGAGCGAGAAAGGAGGGAGAAAGAGAGGGAGCGAGAAAGAGAACGGGAGAAGGAAAAGGAGAGAGAACGAGAGAAGCAGAAACUAAAAGAAUCAGAAAAAGAGAGAGAUUCUGCUAAGGAUAAAGAGAAAGGCAAACAUGAUGAUGGAAGGAAAAAGGAAGCAGAAAUUAUCAAACAAUUAAAGAUUGAACUCAAGAAGGCACAAGAGAGUCAAAAGGAGAUGAAACUGUUGCUAGAUAUGUACCGCUCUGCCCCAAAGGAACAGAGGGACAAAGUUCAGCUAAUGGCAGCUGAGAAGAAGUCUAAGGCAGAGUUGGAAGAUCUAAGACAAAGACUCAAGGAUCUAGAAGAUAAGGAGAAAAAAGAGAACAAGAAAAUGGCUGAUGAAGAUGCCUUGAGGAAGAUCCGAGCAGUAGAGGAGCAGAUAGAAUACCUCCAGAAGAAGCUGGCCAUGGCCAAGCAGGAGGACAUCUCUAGACUUCGAAGGAAGCUGGAGACCACUAAGAAACCAGACAAUGUACCCAAAUGUGAUGAGAUUCUGAUGGAAGAAAUUAAGGAUUACAAGGCACGCCUUACCUGUCCAUGCUGUAACAUGCGUAAAAAGGAUGCUGUACUUACCAAGUGUUUUCAUGUUUUCUGCUUUGAGUGUGUGAAGACACGCUAUGACACCCGCCAGCGCAAAUGUCCCAAGUGUAAUGCUGCUUUUGGUGCCAAUGAUUUUCAUCGCAUCUACAUCGGUUGA